AGAACCGUGGCCUCUUUGGUUGAAGCAACAGUUUUAAAAGCGCGUUUUGCCUCUCUGGGAAGACAGUAGACAUACCGUGCCUUGACACCGGCGUACCGUUUGUCUAUCAUUUUCCAUCCCACUCGGUCAUAAUGACCAGAAAGUCCAGCGUCCAGUCGAAAGUUUUCAGCGUGACCAAGUCAUUGCGACAGAAAAGAGAUCGACGCAAAAUGUCCCUAGGAACAAAGUCGCACGAGUACAGCAAUGAUUGCAGCGCAGAUGUAUGCCUAGGCACUCGAAUUCGAGAGUCAGGGAAAGCUAGUAUUCGUUUUUUUUCCCCCGCGGACACCUCAGGAUUGGAAUAUGGAAUGUGAGAAUGCUAUGAUUCAAAUCGCUCAAAUAAAAUCUAACCUCCAGAUGUAACUCGCUGAUGUUACUAAGACACAAACGCUGAAAUGUCUAAUACCCAAUCUCUUGAAACCGACCACUCCGAGUCAUCGGGGGUUUUGCUAUUGUAUUUUUAAGCAUUCGUCAUCUCAAUUUCUGUUGACGCCUGUGACACCUUAGACGAAACGACUCCACGACGCGCUUUCGCCGAGAAUUC